UCGCCAUUGUGGCUCCGGGAGCUUGUGUCGGCGGUUGCCGGUUCUGACGGCUGUUUGAGCCGGAAUGAAGGCAGUUUCACUAUAGCAGCAGCGGCCGCUCUUUCAUUUUCCCUCCUCGUCUCUUCUACAAACCAUGGCGUCCGCCAGCACGGGGAGCAGGGUCUCCUGCGGGAGGGAUAUCAGCUGUGUUCCCGAGGUGGCGGACACCCUCGCCGCGGUCGCUAAGCUGGGUUUUGACUUCCUGUGCAUGCCCCUGUUCCAUCCACGGUUCCGGAGAGAGUUUGAAUUGGACCCUGCUAAGGCCCGACCAGGAGCUCAGACACGUUCUGACCUGCUGCUCUGCGGUAGAGACUGGAACACUCUCAUUGUGGGAAAGCUUUCACCAUGGAUAGAGACGGACUCCGAACUCACCACCGAGCGCAGGAAUUCAGAGGCGGCGCUGGUACAGGAGCUGAAUUUCUGUGCCUAUCUGGGCCUGCCAGCCUUCAUGAUCCCCCUGAAGGGCCCGCAGUGUGCCAACCUGGCCCGGGUUCUGCUCAACCACAUCCACACAGGACACCACUCUUCCAUGUUCUGGAUUCGCGUUCCUCUGCUGGCGCCCGAGGACACUCGUGAAGACCUCAUUGAGAACGAGCCCUCCAAACAAAUAGAUGAUGGCAACAAUGAAGAGAAGACCUGGGGCUGGUGGCAUUCAUUCAGAACACUAUGCGAUUACAACAAAAGGGUUUGUCUUGCUAUUGAGGUUGGUGCAGACAUGCCGUCUGACAACGUGAUCGACAAGUGGCUUGGGGAACCAAUCAAAGCUGCUAUUCUUCCCACCAGCAUAUUUCUGACCAAUAAGAAGGGAUUUCCAGUGCUGUCGAAAGCGCAUCAGCGAAUCAUAUUCCGCCUCUUCAAGCUGGAGGCUCAGUUUAUAUUCACUGGGAUGAGUCGCCACAGUGAGAAAGACUUCCGCUCUUACCUGCAGUACCUGGAGUACCUCAGUCAGAACCGCCCACCACCCAAUGCUUAUGAGCUGUUUGCCAAGGGCUAUGAGGAUUACCUGCAGUCACCACUACAGCCCCUAAUGGACAAUUUGGAGUCACAGACGUAUGAGGUCUUUGAAAAAGACCCCAUUAAAUAUUCACAGUACCAGCAGGCGGUGUAUAAGUGCCUGCUAGACAGAGUUCCAGAGGAGCAAAAAGAAACUAAUGUACAGGUCCUGAUGGUUUUAGGGGCUGGACGUGGUCCUCUGGUUAACGCAUCGCUGCGUGCCGCCAAGCAGGCAGAUCGAAAGCUGCGUGUGUACGCUGUAGAGAAGAAUCCCAAUGCUGUCAUCACUCUGGAGAACUGGAAGUUUGAAGAAUGGGGAGAUCAGGUGACUGUGGUGUCAUGUGACAUGCGGGAUUGGGUGGCCCCGGAGAAGGCAGACAUCAUCGUCAGUGAGCUUUUGGGAUCAUUUGGCGACAAUGAGCUUUCCCCUGAGUGCCUUGAUGGAGCUCAGCACUUUCUCAAAGAUAAUGGGGUGAGUAUUCCCUGCUCCUACACAUCAUUUCUGGCCCCCCUGUCCUCCUCUAAGCUGUAUAAUGAGGUGCGAAGCUGUCGGGAGCGCGACAAGGACCCUGAGUGCCACUUUGAGACACCAUAUGUAGUGAGGCUACAUAACUUCCACCAGCUUGCCGACCCCAAGCCCUGCUUUACCUUCGUCCAUCCAACCACAGAUAUGAACAAUAACAGAUAUCAGUGUCUGCGCUUUUCUGUAACCUGUAACUCUGUGCUCCACGGUUUCGCUGGAUAUUUUGAGACCACUCUGUACAAAGACGUCACUCUUAGUAUCAGGCCAGAGACACACUCCCCGGGAAUGUUCUCCUGGUUUCCAAUUCUCUUCCCUCUUAAACAACCCAUCCCCCUGACCGGUGGAGACGAUGUUAGCGUGAGGUUCUGGAGGUGUAACAAUGGGAAGAAGGUGUGGUACGAGUGGGCCGUGACUGAACCCGUCUGCUCGGCCAUCCACAACCCCGCGGGACGCUCCUACACUAUUGGGUUAUAGGGAUGAACAUACACGGUUAUUAGGUGUUUUGUUAUGGUUUGCAGUGAAGGGGAUAGGUCUAUGUAACUGAACCUCCGUGGCGCAUACUGACAUGUACAGUGUAGCACUUAAUUAUAAAUAUCGCUGUGCACUCACUCCUACUGAGUCACAGCAUUGGUCAGUUUUCAGACAUGUUCAUUUUUAUACUUGUUUACAAAGUAGGAAGUCAAAUCUAACAUCCGAAAUGCCCUUUAACAUCACGCGAAGCUGUUUGAUCCCCAUUCCAAUUAAAGCUGCUAAGUCAUGUAGUACUGAAUUAAUCAUAUAAAACAGAGAGGCCUUGGUUUUUUGUUUUAGAACUACAGUUGAGUUAUCCUGUACUACUUUUAGCAGUACAUAGAGCCAUAAGCCAGGUGAACCUCACACUCAUGCUUACUCUCUGGCCUCUAAUGCACUGAAGAGCUGUGCAUUCGGAUCAUCCAGUGUUGGGUCCACAUACCGGAGCAGAUAAUUACAGCGUAUUUGGUAGUGUCGUUAAAAAUAUCCUUUUUCAUACUGUUUUGUGUUCUUCCUGCUGAAAUCUGUUGUCAAAUAACCUGAAUUAAAAUAA